ACUGGGGAGGCAAACCCUCCGUCUCCCUGCUACCGGUUGGCGACUCCAGAAACCCUAGAAUCCUCUUUCAUCCGCAACCAUGGGUAUCUCUCGGGAUUCGAUGCACAAGAGGCGUGCCACUGGAGGCAAGAAGAAGGCGUGGAGGAAGAAGCGAAAGUAUGAGCUCGGAAGACAGCCUGCUAACACAAAGUUGUGUAAGGACACAAAGACUCAAAAGACAGUUCGCAGAAUAAGAGUUCGUGGUGGGAAUGUGAAGUGGCGUGCACUCAGGCUGGAUACUGGAAACUACUCUUGGGGGAGUGAGGCUGUGACACGGAAGACUAGAAUUUUGGAUGUGGUAUAUAAUGCAUCAAAUAAUGAGUUGGUUCGAACCCAGUCGUUGGUGAAAAGUGCAAUUGUUCAGGUUGAUGCUGCUCCUUUUAAGCAGUGGUACCUUCAGCACUAUGGAGUUGAAAUUGGUCGCAAGAAGAAAACUUCUACUUCAGCCAAGAAAGAAGGAGAGGAGGGUGAUGCAGCACCUACUGAAGAGGCCAAGAAGAGCAACCAUGUUCUGAGAAAAGUGGAGAAGCGUCAACAGGAUCGCAAGAUUGAUCCCCAUGUUGAGGAGCAAUUUAGCGGUGGUCGUUUGUUGGCUGCAAUUUCUUCCCGACCUGGCCAGUGUGGUCGUGCUGAUGGGUAUAUAUUAGAGGGAAAAGAGCUGGAGUUCUACAUGAAGAAGAUUCAGAAGAAGAAGGGAAAGGGUGCUGCCGCUUGAAGCGAUUUUCAAUUUUGUUACCUGAACUUAAUCGUAGAAUUCAGGGCUCUACUUUUUCCCCAGAUUUUGCUUUAAUUCUAAAGGCUUGGUACUGAUGACAGGUUGAGUUGACAGUUAGCUUGAAAAUUUUUAUUUUCAUUUUGUCGAAUGUUAAGAGCGAGUAUUCUUGAA